ACACUGCAGUUUCUUUCUGUAUUCCCCACUACCUUCGUCACUGCCAGAAACAACCCAAGACAAUGUGUGAGUUUCAGGCACGCACAUUGCUCCAUUCUCGAUUUCUCUCCUCCUCCUUCCCAUAACAAUGGCUUUGUCCCAUCAUUAUCAUCUUCUCAAGGAAGCAUUAUCUUCACUCGCUCUCUUCUGGGCUGGUCUUCCGUAGUCGCAAAAGGUUAUAGACAGCUAUUGAGUGCUUCUUGGGUUCACUCUUAACAUGAAAUUGAGAUUCAACGGUAGCUGGCCUUCGGCAGUGCGUCUUCGUCUCAAAGACAAAUCAGCCACUCGUUUUUGCUUAUUUCCAAAAGUGAAAUCAGCUGGCAACAAUCCUGGGAAUUCACCUGUCUAUCUUAAUGUGUAUGAUUUGACAACAGUAAAUGGCUACAUGUAUUGGGCAGGUCUUGGUAUUUUUCACACUGGGGUUGAAGUUCAUGGAGUUGAAUAUGCCUUUGGAGCCCAUGAUUAUCCGACAAGCGGUGUCUUUGAAGUUGAACCUCGGCAAUGUCCUGGCUUUAAGUUUAGGAAGUCAAUAUUCAUGGGAACAACAAGCUUGGAUCCUCUCCAGGUUAGAGAGUUCAUGGAGCGUCAAUCAGCAAAGUACAAUGGUGAUACCUAUCACUUGAUUGUGAAGAACUGCAACCAUUUUUGUGAGGAUAUGUGCCUUAAGCUGACAGGAAAUACGAUACCAAAAUGGGUCAAUCGUCUGGCAAGAAUAGGUUCCUUGUGUAAUUGCAUACUCCCUGAUGCUCUUAAAACAUCCACUGUUCGACAUGAUUCAAACUUUCAAGGAGGCGAUAGUGAAAAGAAGAGACUGCGAACUGCCUUCAGUUGCUUGUCAUCAAUCUCGGUGCCUCAGAGGGAGGUAUCGAUGUCUUCCUUAUUCUUACACUCUCACUAUAAAGGUUGCCUGCCUCCGUGGGAGUUGAAGAGGUCUAGAAAGGGCUCACUGAAGGAAAGAUGAGGAGACUUGUCUUGUAUCUCUGUAACUGUCUUGCGGGUAAUCUUCAUUCAUGAAUAACUGGAAAAGAAGUCACUGGCUUUCAGUGAUCUAUGAUCUCCAGGAGUGCAAAAUUUUCUUUCCUCAUUUGUAUUUGAAUAUCCAAGAUCAUAGGGCUUUGCUGUUUUCUUUUUCUUCCCUUGUGUCCUUCUGUUUUCUGGUUAUUGCUUGUAAUCUUUGGCUGUAAAUUAACAUUCAGAUAUAUAUAUUGGUCUACAAACUCAAUUUCA